GGCUCCUCUCUGGCAGAGGAGCUCCCUGCUGGACGGAGCCUCCACCUGUGAGGCUGACUUCUACACCCCCGAGCUCAGAGAGUUCAUCACCCCCUGGGAGCCGGCGAAGAAGGAUGCAGCCUCCUCCAGCACCAUAACCAGGCCUAUCUCUCCUGUUCUACCUCUGAGUGAAGGAGCUACUGUCACAGGGACCGGGGUCUCCAUUCUUCCAGCCUGCACCCCCCAGACGGCCCCCUCCACCCCAGGGGCGGGGCAGCUUCCAGCAGGCAGCCAGGCUGUCCUGAUGGAUUUGAUAGAGCUGGCUGAAGACGGCGUGACCCUCACUCAGUAUGGUCGCACCGCCCCAGGCCCGAGCAAAGAUAAGAGUGGCAGUCAGAUCACGACCCUCCGUCUGAGCGGCUUUGUCCUAGAGGAGCCUGAGGAGCCGUCCGACCUCGGUGUGAGCGGCUUCCUGCCAGAAACUGCACACACACAUCCAGACGCUCACAUCCGAGCUAGGAGGAGGACGGAUCCUUCAGGGACCGAUCAGGAGCGCCAAACAGCAGCACAGAGCAGACUGACCUCAGAUCUGAGCAGCAUGGUGAACAACCCUCAGCUCAGCGACCUGCAGCUGCAGGUGGACAAUGGAGACGUCUUCUUCGCUCAUUCCUUCAUGGUGUACGCUCGAUGCCCCCUGCUGGCUGAAAUGGUACAUGAAAGUGGUUUUGGGGUACAGGAGGAGGGGUCUCCUGCAGCUCAGAGGGUUCUGGUGAACGACGUCCCGGGACAGGCCGUGUUAGCUCUGCUGCAGUACCUCUACACCGCCCGCUGCUCCAUCCCACCGGCCCUUCAGCCUCAUGUCCUGGAGCUAGCAUCCAGGUUUGACCUGCAGGAGCUCCAGCAGCUAUGUGAGCCGGAGGGCUUCCUGAACCAGGAGGAGGACGCCAACGAUCAGAUGCAGCAGACCCUCAACGAGCUGCUGCGCUCCAUGUGGGACGAAGAGGUGAACGAGGGCGGGGACACAGACGGAGGAAGGGAGGAAGAGCGAGAACUGGAAGACGAUCAUCAAGCCGAGGACCUCGCAUCGGGUGACAGAGAAGAGGAGAAGGUGAACGAGGAAGAGCUGGAGGAGAUCUAUGAGUUUGCAGCAACGCAGAGAAAAAGGGAGGAGGAAGACAGCAUAGAGGAGGAAGAGGAGGAGAAGGUAGAAGAGGAAGAAGGUGGAGAUGAUGUUUUCGCCGAACUAACAGAACCUGAAAAAGGCUCAGCGGGCUUCAACGAAAAAGAGCAUUUGCAACCGGACCCCAGCCUGGAGCGCAGCUACAGCCGCCUCUUCUCCGACUCCUGGGGGGUCUACGAGGAAGACCCUCCCUCCGUACCCUCCACAUCCGGCCUCGCUAGAACACACACUCCUCAAGCCCCACAAUCCCCUCAUAUACCCUCUCUUCACCCGUCCGGAAGAACUUUGCUCCAGUCUUCAGUGAGUGGUGUGGAGGACCUCUCCCACAGUGCCCAACCCAGCACCUCCACCCUGCCCAUCCCGGGUCUGUCUCCUGGGCUCGGGGGGGGCGGAGAAGAGGGGCAAACUUUGAAUCGAGAAAGCCAAGGUCGGCGUAGUAUUCCCGUUCCCCACUCCCUAGUUUCACCUCAGAAAAAUGAGCCUGAGUUAAUAGUUUUGUCAGACUCGAGCGAGGACAUGGAGGUCGUUCUUAUUGCCCGCAGUCCUUCCCCACCUUCCCCUUACCCCGUCCAGACUCACACCACCUACACCCAGAUUAAACCCAAUGACCCCACCCUGGAGAAUAAACAGAGUGGCAGUUUAGAGUUGAGUCCGGAUGGAGAGCCGGGUCAGAGUCCUUCAGAUCUGUUUGGCUGUUCUCCAGAAGUUUCCUGGCUGAUCCCCUCCACGCCUCUCCAGACAAAGAGGGUCUCCACCAGCAGCUCCACGCAGACUCAAAGCAGCAUGUGCAGGACGCAGCUGUUCCCUAAAGCAGACCCUUCCUCCCUCUCAUCCUUCUCUCCCCCUGCUUUACCUUCUAACGACAGACCGCACACCUCCAACAGUCCAACCAGAGCUUCAUCUCGCGUUAGCCCGACGGAGGCUAACGCGUUAAAACUGGACUUCAGUUCUAGAAGAAGCAGCUCUUCUGAUGUGAGUAAAGACAGAGGAGUGUUUGCACUUCCCCUGUCCCAACCUAAGCUCUCCAUCUCCUCAAAGCAGGGUACCCCCCUCCACCUCCAGACUUCCAGCCGGCCUUACAGCAGCACUCCCCUGCACACGGAGCUCCACAAAGCCCCCGACCUCCUGACCACCUCCCCACUCCACAGCAGCUUCGAUAGGAGCUGGACGAGUCAGGGAAAGGACAGGGCGCCAUGUGAGAGCCAGGAGAAGACGGAGCUUGAGAGCUUUCAUCUCUCGCCGCUGUCGGACCCUUCAGAUCCACCCUCGUCUUCCUCUCUCAGAGGCCAUCAGAGACACAGCGAGUCCUCGAGUCACAGCCGGCGCUCUGUCGACAGUCACAGCAAAACAGGGUCUGAGCUGGAGAGGAGGGGGAUGAGACUAGAGGAGGGACAAGGAGAGACGGAGUGCGGAAAUAGAGUCGAUGAAGCAGAAACUGGAGAGGCAGAAGUCGCUGAGUCCAGUUUCAGGCAGAGCUUCAUGGACGAGCCCCCCAUGGCGUUCAACGACUCGUGGGGUCUGGGCGCCUGCGGGGACGAGGACCCUGGCUGCUUCAGUCUGAGGCUGGAGGACAGCGGGGCGUCCAGCCAGGGAAAAUACCCUCCGUCCUCCACCGAGCGGCAGCAUCCCCCCCCCAGCCUCAGGCCCGCCCCCUCUUCAUCCAAAUCCACUGCUCAUAAAGACGUCUCCUUCACGCCUUCACCCCCUGAUCCCCCCACCCACAACACACCAGAGAUCGUGAACAGCCUCCUGGACUCUAAAAUAUGGGACAGCUGGGAGGAGGAAGAGGAGGAGGAGGCUCUUCCUCUCUGUCAGAGGCUGAACCCCCCCGCCCAGCUCAAAACACCAGUACCAUCGCGUAAUAAAAGGCGCCACACCCUGGUACCCAUCACCCCCCUGCCCCACUACUCAGACAUGGACACCCCGGAGCUGAAGACCAAACUCAACAGGUUUGGUGUUCGGCCUCUACCAAAGCGCCAGAUGAUCCUCAAACUGAAGGAGAUCCACCAGUACACACACCAGCUGGUCAGCUCCGAGGAGGAGGAGGCGGCCCCCUCGGCUCAGACCAAGCCCCCUCCCGCCUCUUCAGCCUCCUGCAGCCAGCGAGUGCAAUUCAAAGAGCCCCAAGCGCCCGCUGCUGUCUCCCCUGUGAAAGCCGGCAGAGAGGAGGCGGAGCUUCUGUCGGCCUCCCAAGGCUCCAACACGUCCUCCACCGCCGCCAGCGAGGAGUCUGAGAGGUCCAACCCUGAGCUGUGCCUCUUCUCAGACUCUGACAGUGAUGGCGGCCUCUCUGCCUCCCAGUCAGUGAACCGCCUUCAGGAUCGCCUCCAGGCGGUGCGCUCCUUCAUCCUCUCAGACUCCACCCUCUACAGUCAGAUCCUCCAGUACCAGCCUCUGGUCUUGUCGCAGCUGAAGGAGCGUCUGAAAGCAGCAGGGAUCCGCCUCGCUGCCACCAAGCUGGUGGACUACCUGGACUCUCAGUGCAUCACCUUCACCACGGCCAAGCCGGGACCCCGCGCACCUAGCCGCUGGCGGGGCAAGAAAACUGGUACCGGGGCAAAGGCAGCAGGCAGAAAGAAAGGUGUUGCAGCCAACAUUUGAAAAUGUAUGACUGCAAAGACACUUUGAGAGGUGGCUGGUGUUAUUUAAGUGCUUUGAACAUUUGUCUGAAAAUAACUGGUAGAAGAGGCCAUGUUUGUUAUGUGAAAGAUGCCUUUUCUUAAGGAUUGCCUUUUGCUUUUACCAUGUUUUUCCAAACCAUUUAAAGACGCCAAUGUUACUUUACGGCAGUAAUUAUUAAGUUGUUUUUUUUUAUAAAAGAAAAUGUUAAUGUU